AUGCGUUUCGAAUCCAUCCUCGCUGCUGCGCUUCCCGCGCUCGUCCUGGCUGCUCCCACUCCCCAGGACCCCGACUUCACCUGGGACGACACUCCCGAGGACUCCAUUGUUGGUGGAACUGCCGCCUCUGCUGGCGAGUUCCCCUUCAUUGCCUCUCUCCAGGUCAGCGGCCGCCACAUCUGCGGUGGAACCCUCAUCAACAGCAACACCAUUGUCACUGCUUCCCACUGCUCGGUUCGCGAUGUCAUUGGCUCUCCUUCCAACCUCCGCGUCCGCGUUGGCUCUUUGAGCACCACUUCCGGUGGUACCCUCGUCGGCGUCUCCGCCGUCUACACCCACCCCAACUACAACGCCGCCACCUACGACUACGACGUCGCCAUCUGGAAGCUGUCCACUCCCGUCUCCGCCGGCGGCAACAUUGCCUUCGCCAGCCUCCCCGCCUCCGGCUCCGACCCUGCCUCGGGCGCCACCAGCACCGUCGCUGGAUGGGGUGCUACCCGUGAGGGUGGCAGCGGCUCCGCUAGCCUGCUCAAGGUCAGCGUGCCCGUCGUCGCUCGCGCCACCUGCCAGGCCUCCUACCCCCAGGAGACUAUCUCCACCCGCAUGUUCUGCGCUGGUGUCACUUCUGGUGGCCGUGACUCUUGCCAGGGUGACUCUGGCGGCCCCAUUGUCAACUCUGCCAAGGGCUUCAUCGGUGUCGUUUCUUGGGGCUACGGAUGUGCUCGUCCUAACCUCCCUGGUGUCUACGCCCGUGUCUCUGCUCUCCUUCCUUUCAUCCAGCAGUACGCUUAA